UUUUCUUUUCCUUCCAAUUCCUCCCAACCAAAUAAAGCCUAAUUUUGUGUUCUGCCUACUACAGUACUUCCGACUAUACAUUAAAUCAUUAAUCCACAAUCAAACUUUGCAGAGAGAGCAGGACUUUCGAACGCUGAAGAGUGAAACGAAACUCUAUUUUAGGUGAAAAGAACACACCCUACCUUUGACAUCUAUUACAGGCAUGAUGGAGGACCAAAGUGGUGAUGAAUUUGAUGAUUGUUUGAUCAAACUGAGAGUCAAUCCUAAAAGGAGACGGGGUAAAGUUUAUGUUGGUUGUGGAGCUGGCUUUAGUGGUGACAGGCCAAUGGCAGCUUUUAAGUUUCUUCAAAGUGUGAAGGAGCUUAACUAUAUUGUACUUGAAUGUCUUGCUGAGCGCACUCUAGCUGAUCGAUACAAGGAGAUGAUAUCUGGCGGAGAUGGUUAUGACCCACGUAUUUCGGAGUGGAUGCAUCUGCUCUUACCUCUGGCUGUGGAAAGAGGAACAUGCAUAAUUACAAAUAUGGGCGCAAUGGACCCAAUUGGUGCUCAGCAAAAGGUCCUUGGAAUUGCAAGCAGCCUGGGGCUUAAUAUAACAGUUGUUGUUGCACAUGAAAUUGCCUUCAAAGAUCCAGGGUCAAGAUCCUCAUGCAACAAAUCAUAUGUCAUGGAUGGUGGAAUUAGCACAUAUCUAGGAGCAGCACCAAUUGUAAGGUGUCUUGAGUUAUACAAGCCAGAUGUCAUCAUUACUAGUCGUGUUGCAGAUGCUGCCCUAUUCUUAGCUCCAAUGGUAUAUGAACUCGGUUGGAACUGGGAUGAUCUGGAGAAGCUAGCACAAGGAGCUUUAGCAGGCCACCUUUUAGAGUGCGGUGGUCAGCUGACUGGAGGUUAUUUUAUGCACCCAGGAGACAAACACAGAGAUAUUUCUUUUCAGUGUCUUCUAGAUUUAUCACUACCAUUUGUUGAAGUCAAUUACGAGGGAGAAGUAUGUGUGGCCAAGGCUGAUGGCAGUGGUGGUGUUCUGAACUUCAGUACUUGUGCUCAGCAGCUUCUCUAUGAGAUUGCAGACCCAAGUUCGUAUGUCACUCCUGAUGUGGUCUUAGAUAUCCGUGACGUUACAUUUGAACCCUUAUCCAGCAGCAAGAUUCUCUGUACUGGAGCUAAACCCUCUGCUACAUCAACUCCUGAGAAACUUCUGCAGCUAGUGCCAAAGGAAUCUGGAUGGAAAGGGUGGGGAGAAAUAUCUUAUGGAGGCUAUGAAUGCGUUAAACGUGCAAGAGCAGCUGAGUAUCUGGUUAGGUCUUGGAUGGAAGAAUCAUAUCCAGGCAUAAAUAGCUGCAUAAUUUCUUACAUUAUUGGAUUUGAUAGCUUGAAAGCAGUCUGCAACGAAAGUAUCAGCUCAAUAGCGGAUGGGUCCCGAGAUAUAAGGCUCCGCAUGGAUGGACUAUUUGAGGUUGAGGAACAUGCAAUCAAAUUUGUUAGGGAGUUCACUGCUUUAUAUACCAAUGGGCCUGCUGGUGGUGGUGGUAUUAGUACUGGACACAAGAAAGAAGUAGUUUUGGUCAAAGAACUGGUUGGACGCGAGUCUACUUUCUGGCGUGUUAGUGCUAGGGGCACAAACUUGGCUAACACAAAUGACCAGAAACUCCGUGACACGAAGGGGCUCAAACCGCAAACUUCCAUUGCAGAGAAGUCGGUCCCAUUACUCAACGGGAUUAUGGAUUUGUCCGAUCAGAAUCUGAAAAUUUUAUCAAGUAAAUAUCCAAUAUUUCCUGCACCAUCAGGCAAGAAAAUUCCUCUGUAUGAAGUUGCACAUAGCAGGGUUGGAGAUAAAGGCAAUGACAUGAACUUCUCCAUAAUCCCCCAUUUCUCCCAAGAUAUAGACAGGCUGCAGAUGAUAAUAAGUCCUGAAUGGGUGAAGGAAGUGUUGUCUCCUCUUUUGAACCCUUCACCAUUUCCACACCCAGAUGCCAUUUUAAAGAGAAAUAAAUGGGUCGAAGAAAAUGUUAGAGUGGAGAUUUACGAGGUUAAAGGAAUUCAUUCGUUAAAUGUUGUGGUUCGUAAUAUUCUUGAUAGUGGUGUCAACUGCUCUCGGCGGAUUGAUCGGCAUGGAAAGACCAUAUCGGAUAUCAUACUAUCCCAACAAGUCGUGUUGCCUUAACCAUCCAGCAACAAAAGUGCUACCCAAUUUGUUACAUAAAAGUUUCAGAAUUCGCGUUGAGAUUAUAGGCUGUAUCAUGCAAGGAUUUUAUAACUUGCAACUUGAAAUAAUGGAUUUGUUUUGGUGAUUUUAGUGCAAAGACAAUGUUGAUUUCUACAUCCAAGAUUUAAUGUAUAGAAUUUUUUCAACCA